UUGUAUAAACUAAUAAAAUACAUAUUGUUUGGAGAUAGGCUACAAAAUUUUGAAUUAGGUCUAAUUUACAAAGAAUAGAAAAAUAUUGUUGAAAUUAUGUUCAAGUAAAAAGUAGUAGGCCUAUAGUCUGAUACGUUUUAGAAGUUAAAAAAAAGAAAAAAGAAAAAAGAAUAGCGUUUUUAUUUUUAUUCUGAUCUCAUAUUUUUUUAUAGCCCAGUUUUGGUUAAAUCCAGCUAAUCAUGUGGCUUUCCAUUGGCUAUCACUUGUGUUAUUCUCGGUGUAAACAGACUUUAUUAUCAGUAAGGUUAAUAUGAUAUUGAAUGACAUAUAGCCUAAAUGACUGUACAGUCCUAUAGUCUAUAUGCUAUUUAUUUCUCUUUAUUUAACAACGAUAUAUUUAUGGCAACCGCAUUUGUCAGGCAUUUAGAAUGACAUUUUUGACCACAUACAUAGCAUGGAUCUGAUUAUUUGUUAUGAAUCUUUACCGACAUGGUCUGGGUUAGAGUUUGUAUUUUUGAGAAGAGUUUCCAAAUAGCUUUUUUUUCACUAAACAUAAUGGUAUUAGUCCAACGAAGCAAACGUUUGAUAUUUAAAUCUUAGUGAUAGGCUACAUCAAAAACCAUUGCUGCAAACGUGGGAAUUGCGAUGCCCCGUACAUAUUACACUAUUGACGUCACUGCUUCUAAAGAAAUGAGGCGGACGGCGCAUGCAGCCAAUAAGAGAGCGCGAUCUCACUGCUGGAAUCAAAUCCAGUAUGUGAUGGGAGUGUUGAGAUGAACUUCACAGACCUCAUACACUGCCAAAACGAAAGCAAACUCAUGCGCCUCGCGUUUUCACGGACAUGGAUCUCUCUAAUGGACCUCUUUAAUGGAUGGAAAUCACAUGACUCUUCUAAAUAGAUGCUACUUUUAUGGUGCACCGGUCUAAUGGACAUGACUCUAAAAAAAUGACUAUGACUUCACUGUCUGAAAGUUUGGUGGCUUCAGACCCUUCAAAAUCGGCAUUUCUGGAGUUCAGUCACGGUUACCAGUCUCACCAGCAGCAUUCACCCGGCGUGUCUCACGCGCACUAUCCGGUGCACGGUUUGCAUCAAGGCGCACAUUCGCAGUACGAUGCGGCCUUCUCUUCUGGCGCUGCUUCGUACGGCCGUCCGCUCACUUACCACUAUCCCAGUGCCCAUCACCACCCCGGAGCUUACCUACCCUAUCAACACAACAGCGCAGUCGGCCAUUCAAGAGUAGAUGAUGCAGAUUCCGAGAAGCAAAGUUCCAUUGAAAGUGGAGAAAUACGCCUGAACGGGAAGGGGAAAAAGAUUCGCAAACCCCGCACAAUCUACUCGAGCUUACAGCUUCAGGCGCUCAACCAGCGCUUCCAGCAGACCCAGUACCUCGCGCUGCCUGAACGCGCUGAUCUGGCCGCCAAACUGGGUCUGACACAAACACAGGUAAAGAUAUGGUUCCAGAACAAGCGUUCCAAGUACAAAAAGAUAAUGAAGCACGGCUCAAGCGGACCGGAAGGAGAACACCUUCAAGCAGCCUCUGCCUCCGGACCACCAUGUUCACCAGGAAUGCCGCCCCUGUGGGAUGUUUCCAUGUCAACCAAAGGUGCCCCCAUCCACUCUGGAGGAUAUAUGAACUCUUUUGGACACUGGUACCCUGGUCAUCAUCAUCAAGACCCAAUGGCCAGAACUCAGAUGAUGUGAUGGCGGUUUAGGACAGUCUACAGAGUAUCCAGAUCCCCUCUACUGAUUCACACCAGCACUCUUUAGCACUGUUUACUCACAGCCAAACUUUCUUCAAGUUCCUCCCCAGUAUUUUCGUCAUGGAGAUUUACAUUGCUGACUUUUAUUUUCUUUGCUUGCAGGUUUUUGUGGUGGAUUUUUAAAAGACGGAAAUAAGCAACCUUACCUAAACUUGGAUUUUGUAAACUCUUGUAAAUUUUAAUAAAAUGCCAUUGUCUAAUUGC